UGCUGCUCCCCGCCUCUCCUCCUCUCCCAGCAAUCAUGACCGAAUCAACCAACCCCCAGCCCCCCCAAUUCCUCCAAUUUUCUCUUCUCCCCACCGAGAUUCGCCUCCAAAUCUGGAAGGCUGCCCUCCCCAAUCCAGUCCGCCAGGCCCUAUACCUCUACAAGAAAGGAUGCUGGAAGACCCGCCCAGACGCCGAGGGACACUUCAUGGUCGAGUUUCACCCUGACUGCCUCGACGCAAUGCACGUGUCGGUUCCGCUCUUCCUGGUGAACCACGAGGCCCACGCCAUCGCCCGCCGCUGGGUUCACGAGCAAGGUCUGACUAUCUGCUUCCACCGGCCCACCAACACGUUCUUGUUCCUGCGCCGCUGUCAUCCCGCCACUGAUACGCUCUAUGUCCCCCACGCCCAAUACCGCGAGUUCAUCUGCGAGCCGGCAUAUCUCCCCUUUGAACCUGAAUCCGAAGCCCUGGGGCUGGAGUACGGAACAGUCGCGCCGCAAUUCUCACGAAUUGCCUUCCCUAAGAGCCUCUUGCUCGAGGACAGUCACCACCACCGGAUUACAUGGCUGCUCGAGGACACCAGUUACGAGAAUACCCAAGAGGUGUUGGUCGUUAUGAAUGAUGCUCCAGCAGAUCCCAAUCUCCAGCCCGACAAGGAGGCAGUGUCCCAAGUACAGUGGGAGUGGGAGGUGGUCCCCGGGGCGGAGCGGCUAGAGUGGGAUCAUGAUCGGCGCGCUUAUCGGAGAGAACUUGGUCGGGAAGGGCAGGACCCUGAGGCAGAUGCGUUCUUUCGGUUGGUUGAAAGGGCCAGUGUGGGCAUUGAUGAGACGGAUGGGUGGCAGAGGAAUCGGCCGUUUGAAGUAAAGCCUGUGUUCGCAGUUCGUGUUCAUUAAGACACAUACUGUGCAUAAUCCAAUGUAUGGUAGUGAAAUGGUCAACCUGCAUGGCUAGAAACUCAGUGAGGCAAAGAACAAGUGAAUAAGCCAUUUGGGGGAACUCAAUGCCUGGUCAUGCGGGCAUGCUGCUAGCUAUAAUGACAGACAU